AUGAAACGACCGCAAUCUGCAAUUACCAGAGUUGAUGACGCCAAUUCAACAGCUAGUAAACCAAUAAGGCCUUUAAGUGGUGUCAGCGAUACAACGCUUAGAUUUUAGAAUUCAGUUGAUUAAUUAUUAAGCAAGGCAAAUUAUUCCUUAUAAUUAAUGAAUAUUCAUGAUAGUCUAUAGUUAUUUGAAUAAGCAUUCAAAAAAGGGGAACAUCAAUUAUCGUCUAUUAGAUUAGUUAAAUUGGUUGAAGAUGUUGUAUUACAACUGGUUAAAGUAAUUGUGAAAUCAGAAGAUAACCUGAUAUCAUAAUAAAUUUUGAACAGAUUAUUGAUAUGGUGUCAAAUUCAACAAUCAAAUGAAGACAUUAUCCAUAUACGAUGUCCUCCCUACAUAUAAGUCAGGGUUUUGAAUGCCUAUGGGGAUUUUUUAAGAAAACAAAAUAAAUACGAUGAAAGUACCCAUUAUUUAUAACUUUCGUUAUAAAUGUUGUCCCAAUACAAGUUUGAUUCCUCCAUAGAUGAAUUGGUGGGUCAAACUUAUAUGUUAUUGUCUUCUAAUUCGCUAUAUACCAAUCAUUACGCCUAGGCAAUUCAAGAGGCAUAGGCGGCACUUUAACACUUGCAAUAAGCUGCCAUUUCAACUAAUAAAAUAACCGAAGAACUACAUGAAUCAAUCUGCGAUACUUAUAUAAAUCUUGGAAUUGCAAAGGAACAAGAGAAGUAAUUUUAAGAGGCUCAUUACAACUAUUACAGUAGUUUAGUAUACUCAUAAUAAAACCUGAAUGAAAGCAAACAAAUGAAGAUACAAUAGAUUUAUGAUUAAUUUUUAUCGAGAUAGGCAGCCUAUCUAUAGAAGCUUUAGUUUUAAUAAUAAAAGUCUUUAAAACAAAUCAACUCCGUCACAGGAUUCAAUCAGAAAAAACCAUAGUAAUCAGCAUUACUUCAAUAACCCUUCGUAGAUUUGGUCAAGAAUGCCGCAGAUCAAAGUAAUGGAAAGUUAAAUAGUAAUUUUUUCAAAAAGAAACAGAAAAUCAUAAAAUCUGUUGAAAGAUAAAAACAAAACGAGGAAAGAGCCAUCCUAAAGUUCAAGCCCUAUUUGAAUAAAAUGCCAGGAUAAUCUAGUUAAGUUCUAAAAUUCAAACCCAAUUAAAUGUUAUUAAACAGUUAAAUACCUAGACCUUAAUCUCCUUUAAAAUAACCGUUUGUAAAUAAUGGUAUUAAAAUCAUGAAGGUGAGUAACAAACCGGAAUAUAAAGUAUAGAAUAAAUCCUUGCCCUCAUAUAAAUCAGAUAUGUUUUUAGCUAAAAAAUUAUAAGGUUAACAACAACAAUAACCACAACCAUAAUAGUUCUCAUCAUCCACAUCAUAAUUGAAUUCCGCUAAGAUUUAUAGUAGCAAGUAGACCUAUGGGUAAUCUUAAUAGACAUUUCAAUCUGAAGUACUCUAUAAGAAUAAAACAAAUUAAAUCGUGAGUCAAUAAAGUAACAAUGUGCAUUAGGUCCCAUCCAAAUUUAUUCAAUAUCUUGAAUAAAAUAUCAACGAAUCCAAUUUAUUAAAGAAUGGAAAUGUAUAAUUAUUGUAAUCAUACCACAAUAUUCAUUUGCCAAGCAUCGAGAGUUAAUCAGGAAUUCAAGAGAUUUAUUAAGGCACCAUGAGCAUUUACCUAUUUUCUUAAUAAAAUAUUCUAUAUUUCCAAUAUUUAGCAAGUGAGAUCACAGAUUAAUUUGCUGUAAAUUUGGGACCUAAGAAGAUUAAAUUAAUCGGCAAUAGUCUUAAUGUUAGCGAUGUAAACAAUCAAUUUAAUACAAUUAACCAAAACCCUUUAGGAAUGAAAAACGUAUUAUUAAGUUUCAGUGUUGAGUAUUUCAGAUAUGCAAAGAUAAACUUAGAUAAGCAAUGCUUUUAACUCCCUUACAAUUAGGCAAACUAAUUUUACAUUUACAUUCCUGAACAGAAUUAGAAUCUAUUAAUUCAAGUGAAAAACGAAUAUGAAUCUUUGGUCUUUUUAGUUGAUUCAUUCGAAGAGAACGGUCAAAAUUCAAAAGACUAAGAAAUAUAACCGAUAUUCAAUCAUAAAUCUAAUUCGGUAGUUUCUGAUGAAAUUCAUCCCUUAUUAGCUGAAUAGAUCAAAUAAAUUGAUGAAGAUGUGUAACCAGUUUUUGAGGAAUAGGAAGAGAAGCUUGCUACAUCAUAAGAGUAUUCAUAAGAUUUUGAGCCUACUCCUAUAAUGGAAGAGGCUCCACAGGAUAAAUUUAUUCAGAAGUCCUCUUCUUUACCCUAAAAUAAUAAUAAUAAAAAUCAAUAUGACGGCAUGGAGAAGUUCACAAUUAAGAUAGAAUCUGAGGAUCAGAGAUAAUAAGUGAUAGAGGUUUAUGCAACAGAUAAAAAGUAAUAGCAAGAUGAAGAAAUAAAGGAGGAGGAAGAUCUUGAAUUGAAUGCAGCUGCUUUAUUAAUUUAAAAGAAGUUUAGAGAAAAAAGAAUGAAUUUGAAACAUUGA